GCGCCAGAGGCGCGUGCAGCUUCGCCUAUGUCCUUUGCACCUCCUCUCGCCACCAAUCGCAUCGCUUAGAUCUCCUCACGAACGACACUCCUUCGGUCGCAAUACGCUCCUCACGGUCGACCUCCAUAUCAUAUCUCGCUUAACCGACGUCGCUACGCCACGCCUAUCUGCUCUGCUUCGUAGAAGCGCGGGGAACUUUACGCCGUUCUCAUAAUUUCUUCGUUAUACCUCGUCACCAUUUCAGAGUCUACGGAGUCGGUUCCUACUCAUGUCGCUAUGGUUAAGGACUGGGAUUACUAUACACGCACUGGCAUCGACCUAGCAGGGGCUGCAUCAUCGUAUGCCUUCUCUGCGGCGAAGGGAGCCACAAAGCUGGGGUUCGCAGUGACCAGAAAGGUGGCGGAGACAGGCGUCUCUGCAGCAACUAAGGUCGUCGACCUGGCCGUCUUCGGAAACAACCCUGUCACCAACCCCCUCGUCUCGGGCGCCAUCUCUCAUCUGCUCACCCUCGCGGAGCAAAUUACCCUCGCCCCAAUCCACCUUUCUGAGUACAUCACCAGCACCUCCCUCCUCGCCGCACAUUCUUCCAUUAAUGUCCUCUCCGUCAUAUUCCCCGGCAGCUCUGACGCGUCAUUCUCGCUUGCCUCCUUCAUCACGCUUGUCAAGCGUGAAUGGAACGCGGAUGCUACGGGCACGGGCCGCCAGUUCGGUCUAAUAGAAGUCGGGCGCGCCAUGGUAGCCUGGGUUGCGCUGCAGGGCGUGACGCAGGAGUGGCAGGAGCGAAAUUGGAUGAAGCACCUGCGCGAGAUCCAGGUGAAAGAGCCCAAGAAGUUCGAUUCGAUGCGUCAACGCAAGGGCUCGCGCAUACGGGUGACGUCCGAUGUCUUCCUGUCCGGCAACCGCGCCCAGAUCAUCGCUGCCGAUAUUGGCGUUGCCCCUAUCGCUCGACGGACGUGGUCAACACUCACAGUGCCGAAGAUACGCUCCGCUAUACGGCAUUCUGGUUUGCUGCAUCAUGGAGACCCGUCAGCAUCGUCCGGUCCGCCGCCACCGCAUUUAUCUAUCCCUGAGCUGAAGGUCAAGCUGCGCCGGUUGUCCAAGCUCGUUCUCGCCGGAUAUGGAGGUGCAUCGCUGCUAUUCUUCGGCGUGUCACCCCUUGGUAAUGCGUCAGGCAAGCCGGGCAAGAACGACAAGCUCAGCGAAGAACGCCAUCUUGCGCGCGCGAUUGACGCCUCGGAAGCUGAAGCGGCUGGUGACUUCGAACUCAUCGACUACGCCGAGCUCGAUGACAUGGACGGCAUGGGUGCCACCGCCGAACCAGGCUACUCCUGGUGGGACGUGCUCCUGGGCAAACACGACCACGAGAUCUUCGAGCGCUUCGCGAACGACGACGCAGCGAUGAAGGAACAGGACAAGGGCAAAGGCAAGAACAAGGGAUCGGCGUCCACCGAAGAAGCGCGCGAGAAGCUCGCGGAAAUGCGCUCGACGGCGGUUGUUGGUGCAGAGCAUCUCAUGCCCCGAUUCUGGGUGCUCACGGAUCACGCUCGCGGCGAGGUCGUGCUUGUGCUGCGCGGGACGAUGUCGCUGAACGAGAUUGCUGCCGACCUAACGUGCGAGCCGCUUCCCUUCGUGCACGCGCAUACGCCAAAGGUGGACGAGGAGCUCGAACCUGGUGGGAUCCCGGGCAACUACUUCUUCCCGUCGAAGGAGAGGGAGGGACAUCCGGAGGAUGGGGAGGAGCAUCAUGUGCAUGCGGGUAUGGCGCGAAUGGCAAGGGCUAUGGGCGAGAUUGGCAAGCCGGUGCAGGUCGCGGUGCAAGAGGCCUUGUACAGGAAUCCGGACUACGACUUGGUACUUUGCGGUCAUUCUCUUGGUGCUGGGACGGCCGCCAUUUUAGGUUUGAUGUGGGCCGACCCGAAGACCUGCCUCACCGUGCCAUGCAGUGGUUUGCCCGUUGGUAGACGCGUAAGCGUCUACUGCUUCGCGCCGCCAGCUCUGACCUCUGGCGCGCUCUCCAAGCUGUCAUCCGGCCUCAUCACCUCCUUCGUCUACUCACACGACAUCGUCGCCCGUCUCAGCCUCGCCUCCGUCCGCGACCUCAAGAAUGCUGCAAUGUGGCUCUGCGAAGCCGAGGCCGACGCACAAGGCAAGGGCAAAGCCGAGGGCUACAACGCCGUCACCGAGCGCGCUAAGCGGGUCAAGGACGGCACGGCCCAGGAGGGCGACCUUGAGUGGCUCAUCGCGAUGCGUAAGACGCUUGAGGCGAGCAUGCAGAGCGUGGACAUGUUCCCGCCGGGGCGCGUCUUGUGGGCCGUGCGCGACGGUGACAUGCAUCCCGCGCAUCAAGUGCAUAAGCAACAAGCAUUGUCUGGAUCGCAGUCGUCGGCGUCAGAUGGUGCGGAUAGAUUGCGCCUGUUUGAGGUGCUGGAUGUGGAGAAGGUCUUCAACCAGAUCGUGUUUGCGCGCGAUAUGUUGACCUCGCACAUGCCACACCAGUACGAUCGGGCGCUACACGAGCUGCUCUAGAGGGUGUUGAAUGUCUUGUCUUCGACUUAGCUGGGCUGGUCAAACCUUGGGCUCACGGACUUGGUACCCAUGUAGAUAGUGUGCGCGGACAGAAGAUUGCCAGUGUUUGCUUAUGCUACAUUCAUUCUUCUUACAUACUUAUUCCUUGUAAUAUAGCUUUCGUAUAGUAGGAGAUGGCACGUAAAUUCUGAUGUCUUUACCAGGCC